CCGCCCAUUGAUCGCUGCGUCGGGAGGCCGCUUGUCGGCGGCGGCGCGGCCUGCUCCGAGUGACCGGCCCGCAGCUCCGGGCCUGCCCGCCCAGGGUCUCCGCUCUCCCCGCGGUGCGGCCUCCGCCGCCCCGCUGCCCCCGCCCGGCCGUAGCCCCCGUCUGCCGCCGCGAUGAAGCUCGUCAGGUUUCUAAUGAAGCUGAGCCAUGAGACUGUGACCAUUGAGCUGAAGAACGGGACGCAGGUGCAUGGCACUAUCACAGGAGUGGAUGUCAGUAUGAACACACAUCUCAAAGCAGUGAAGAUGACACUGAAGAACAGAGAACCUGUACAGCUGGAGACGCUGAGUAUUCGAGGGAAUAACAUCCGAUACUUCAUCCUGCCUGACAGUUUGCCUCUGGAUACUUUGCUAGUGGAUGUUGAACCAAAAGUCAAAUCCAAGAAAAGAGAAGCAGUUGCUGGAAGAGGCCGUGGAAGAGGCCGUGGCAGAGGCCGAGGCCGUGGAAGAGGCCGAGGGGGCCCAAGACGGUAACUUCUCACCAGGCAACUGUUACCAAAUCAUGGGCAAUGUCAGGAAUUUUUUGUACAGGUCUUGUUUAUGGUAUCCAUUUUUAAUAAACUGGGAUGUGAAAAAA